AGGACGGGGAUCCUGUCUACCAACCCCGUACGAUGCGUCGACCCUCCUAAGGAUCUAGUUCAGUUGACUGAACGCCCAAAGGAAGCGUUCAAUAAAUACCAGGGAUUGAUUGAUUGAUGGAUUGGUGGAUGGGGGCUAGGGUUAAAGGCUCGGAUGUCCCGACCCUGGCCGGGUGGUUCAGUCUCCCCGCCCCCCGCUCCUCUGUCUGUCUCUCUGUCUCUCUGUCUCUUCUCCCUCCCCUCCAUCUAAGGGUUGCAACGUUUCCCCCCACGCCCACCGCCCCUGCCCUGCAGCCACAAGCCCUCCAGGCUCCAGGGUGACAAGGUGGGAGCCUGCUGUCGCCCUCCGGGGCCAGGAGAGAGGCGAGGGGGGUGAGGAGGCUGACAUCACAUCCUGCCCCGAGCCCCAGGCCCCAAGGACCGGUCGGAGCUUCACUCCCACGCUGCGCCCCACGCUGCGCCCGGCGCCAGAAGGCGAUGGCCUGGCGUGGGAGCAUCCUGGUCCUCCUGCCGCUCGCCCAGCUGCUCGUCCCACCCAGCUGGGCCCAGCCCAAGUUCCGGAUGGAGAGGCAGGAGGUGACCAUCACGGAGCCAGGAAAGACGGUGAAUCUCAAGUGUGAAACCUUGGAAAGCAGCCAGACCGGGCUCUCCUGGGUCCACCAGAGACCCGUCAAGCCAAACCAGAACGCGAUGGCCCCCACCUUCCUCGUCUUCUUCUCGGGGACCGUCAAAAACAUCAGGAAGGCCGAAGGCCUAGAAGAAGCCUUGGAAGCCAAAAGGCUAAGCUCCACCUCCUUCCAGGUGACCCUGAAGAACUUCCAGGAGAAGAACGAGGGUCACUACUACUGCGUGGUGGCCUACAACCAGGCUCUGUACUUCAGCCGGUCCAUGUCCGUCUACUUGAAAGGACCGCCCACCACCAGCCCUCGGACGCCCAGGACGACGCCGCGCCGUCUCAACGUGACCCAGACCACCCCGGCCCUUGACAACUGCCAGGACAGGCCCGGCUCCAAAAAGUCCCCAAAUCAGAGAUCAUUUUGGGAUUUCUCCUGUGACCUAUACAUCUGGGGUCCUUUGGUCGGUGGCUGCGCCAUCCUGCUCAUCGCUCUGCUGACCACCAUCAUCAUCUGCCAAAAAUCCCGACGACGCGUCUGCAGAUGUGCAAGACCCAACAGGCCCCCCAGAAAGCCCAAAGUACCGGACCGAUACGUUUAAUACGGCCAAGUGCUGGUGCGCAGACUACAGGAUUUCUAACUGAGAUCAUUUUCCUCAUUUCCCUCACCUCCCUGUUAUCCUGUGUUUUGUAUUCUAUUUCCCUUUUUGAUCAAUUUUUAAAGUUUAAGUAAUAUAAAAACUGUGGAAGAUG